AUGGAAAUUAGAAAUAUAAAUUUUUAAUUUUUAUUUUAUUUCUUAUUAAAUCUUUCCAAGUUAAAAAUUACUAACUAUUAGGCGCUAUUAAUUAUCAUAAUAUUUUUUUCUAAAAUAAACAUUCAUUUUAUUAUCAUAUAAAGGUUUCAAAGAGAAUUUAAGGUAAAGGUAAAAUUUUUUAUAUGUAAAUUAAAUAAAUUACUAAAAUCAAAUAAAUAUAAAAUAAAUUUCAGAAAUAACGAAAUAAUUUUCAAUUUCAAUUACAAUUUCUAGGAAAAUUUUUAAUAUUUAAGAUUGUUAUUUUUGUAGAAGAAUAAAAAUUUUUUUAAAUUAUUUAAUUAUAAAUAAAAAGAAGAUAGCCCGCCGUGGGGCUCGAACCCACGACCACAAGAUUAAGAGUCUUGCGCUCUACCGACUGAGCUAGGCGGGCAAUUCAAUUAUUUUUCAAAUUACAAUAAGCAUUUGCUUGAGGAGCGAGUGUUUAUAAAAGUAGAGGCAUUAAUUUAUGGAUAAAAAACUUAAUUGCUAAUAAAAGAAGACACCCAGAAGAAUACAUAAUUAAUUAAUUAAUUAUGA